UAAUCUAGAGAGAUACAGAUACGAGAUACUAAUACUUUCGCAUGAAGAACCUACCGUUUUUAUGUUUUAGUCAAGAAUUUUGAAAUUUCAGUAGGGCAUCUGUCAGUUUUGGUCACUGUUUUUUAUUUACAAAGGGGUUGAAAUGAGUUCAAUGGAAAACCAAAUAAAAUCGAAAGUUUCAAAUAUGAGCAAUUGGAGGUCCAAAAUGCCAUUGGGCGAUAUUUAUGCACCUAGACGGAGAUUGGUUUUUAAGGAUCAAUCGAACCAUGUAAAAGUUUGAACCUAGCCUGUACUCUGAGCUCAACCAUGACAUCUUCAGCUUUAGAGAAGUCACCCGCCAUGACAUAGCGUCUUGUACAAAGAAAAUCCAGCAAAUAUUCUAGCAAACUAUGACAGAGACAAGACACUAAAUUAAAACUGGGAAAAAUAUACGAAAAAUCAAAUUUCAUCGUCUUAAAAAUAGUACUUUUUCAAAAAAAUUCACAAGCUUUCAUAUUUUUACAUAUAAUAGUUACAAACAGCUACACGAGCUACAAAAUCUAGCCAUAUUGAACACACGACAUUACAUUGAACAUGAAGGUUCCGAUGCGCAAAUUAGGAGUGUGCCAACCACCCCCAACACAACAACAUUUCCAACCAGUCUCUCCAAGACUAAGCUAUUCUUGUAAAAAUACGGUUCUUUAUACAGCUCUUUAACCUGGUGAGAACAUUAUAAGUAAGAAAGAACUUAGGUCAAUUGAUAAGCGCGAGAAAAUUGCCAAAAUCUUAAGACAAAUAUUAGAAAGAACCAGUCCUAGCCAGUGUGUUGACUUUUUUCGUCCGACAAAGAGAUGUGAGGAACGACUCCCUGUAAAGUUAGUUCUAACCUUGAACAAAUUGAAAGCUAAAAGGUGAAUUUUGAUUAUGUCCUAGAUAAUAUAAUAAGAAUAUGUCAUUUGAUAUGAUUUUAAAGGCUUUGGCGAGUCGGCCCAUUUGUAUGCGAGUUGGUCCAACUUGUCCUGACCCCUCCUGACUCAUCCCCCCAGUCUCUCUUGCUCUAGAAAAUGAAUUGAAGAGGGUGAAUUUCAGCGCGUACAUUAAUUUCACAUCUAUACGUGUGAUUGGCUGUGCUUGGAGUGUUGGGAUUUAAAUACUUGUAAUUUUAAAUAAUUAUUUUUCGUCCCAUCUGACACAUUGAUCAGUGAUCUGACUGUCCAUCAGACACUCGGUACCAUUUUGUUUUUGCCUCCUAUUUCUUGCCAGGGCGCGAAACUUCUUCUUCUGUUUUUAAUCUUACUUGUACCAAACUUUUUCUAAUCAAGUUACCAGGGAACAAAAGACACUUGAUAUGGAAGGGAAAAUAUCAAAGUAUCCAAAGUUUGAAGAACUGAUGGAGAUGCUGGGGUCUGUUGUUAAUGAAGAUUGCAUUUCAAGAGAUGCUGCUGAAGAUUUGAAUGAGGCAACAAACCAGUUACAAGAAGUAAAGAAGGUGUAUUUUCAAAGAGAAAUGAUUUUGAAUAUCAUUAAAGACAUUUUAUUGGAUAAAUUUGUUAAAAGAGAAGAAGGAAAGAUAAAUCCAGAAGAUAAGCAGGCAUAUGCUGUACUUGAAGAGUCUGUUAGGACUGCAGAAGCAAUUCAUUUCAUCAAGAUGUGCUGGACAGAUGAUAAACCCUACAACAGUAAUUUAUUUGGCUUGACAGAUGCUAAAUUGAAUAACAGAGCUAAGAAAAAGCAGAAAGUCAAGCAUACGAUUCAACAGUAUUUCAUACCUGAUAUAGAGCAAAGGUUAAAACAAAAAUGCAUGGAUUUGAUUAGGCUAUGGGACUCAAAUACAGAAUCUGAAAGUGAUGGAUUGGCGCUUGCGAAAGCUGGCAACCUUCCUGUUUUGGUUGAAAAGGAAUUGAGUAGGAUAUCAGGCGAGGAGAAAAAGAUCAGGAAAGAGAAGGCAAUUCAUCAAGAGUUACUGCUUCGCUAUAAAGAGGCAUUGAAAGAUUGCAUCGAAAAUCUAGAAGGACUUUUGAAAACGCGAAUAUUGGAAUCAAGUGCAGAAAGCACAAGAACUACCGUAGAAUGGCUUGGAACGAAAUGCGAGGCAAUGCAGCUAAAAAUCAAAGUAUUACAAUUACAACUGCUAAAGGAUACCUAUAAUCCAGAUACAAUUCCUGCGUUAAGACAAAUAAGAGACUCUUUGAACACAGCCCUCAAAGAUAGUAAGAAGGAGUUGAUAAAACUCGAACAAACCCUCAAAGUUUAUGAGUCGAUUGGUUCUGGAUUCGAUUCUCUGGUCAAGGAGUAUGCUCAGCUGACUGCCGAGAUUGACAACCGAAAAUGGGCCUUGUCAGAACUUAAAAGAGCCCAGGGACAUGAGAAUCGUUGAGAUGCAAGAUUUCCUUACGGCUAGCAUGUGCUUCUUUUGGGUGUCAGCGAAAUGCCACUUUUCCGUGCAACAUGUGGAUAGGAACCUUGCUGCAUUUGGAUAGGAACUUGUCAAGCUGUUCCAGCCCAAAUUCCAAAGCCGCUUGUACUCUGUAGCAAAACCCUUGAUCUGCAUCGCCAACUCUUGAUUUCACUGUUGAUAAAAAAUAAGAUAUGUUCUUCAUAUAAAAUAAACAACUUUGAACAUAUGCAUAUUCAGCAUCGUUUUUUUACCCCUUGAAAUUAUAGCAAUGGAUAUUGGUUUAGUCCGGUUACCUCCUCGGGAACUCGAUCGUCUCGAGGUCUAAAAUCAACAACCUUCGCUGGACCUUGAUUGUCCUUCUUCAUAUUAAUAUCUCAAAAAAGUAUACAUUUCUCGAUGGUAUGUUUCUAGCACCAGGCUAUUGUCUCUCGCAGAAGUAUUCUAUAGGAAAAUAGAUGCUAUCGGUUUUGAGAAAUCUUUUUGGAGAUUAAGCAAUGCGAUCUUAAGAGCGGGCAAUGAAAACGCUUGCCCUAAGGCACGCAGUUGUUAUUUAAUAUUUUUAUGAAAAAAGAUAAUCAGAAUAUGACCAGACGUUUAUUUUGAAUUUUGCUUUCUACUACUAACCCUUAAAAGAGUUUAACAAACAGUCGGCAUUACAACCCAAAAUUGAAGCCACUCUAGCGAGUUUGCUAAUCAAUAAGAUCUUUUGGUCACCUUUCAAAGUGUAAUUAUUUAAACAUAUAGUACUGUUUGCAUUAUUGAAGGUUGUUCUGCUUUUAGUGCAAUUUACAAUGCCAAAGUAACUUAGUUUCGUUAAGCUUUUCACUUAUCAGUUGGCAUUGACUGCAACAGCGCCUUCAACCUCUCUUCUGUCGCCAUGCGCAACUUUUUUUACUCAAACAACGCAAUAUGUUGUUACCCUAAUCAGCAUUUUUUAGUUAAUACAGGUGCUAUAUGCAGCCUUUGCCUUUGUGAGCUGCACGUGGUCCGGAUUUCGCUGUAUGAAAUGCUCUGUAAAUUUUGACGACCCGCACAGUCACUGUGAAACAGUCUAGGUAUGAACUCCAAUUUAGCUUUGGAUUAGGGAUAAAAGUCCAGGCUGCUUUCUUACUAUAGUAAAGUUCUUUAAAGUGCACUAUGUAGGUAAGCAACCAAAGUAGGCCCUCAUUAGGUGCAAUUCUCUCUUACAGAGAAAACGUACAAAAUUUCCAGCAAAGCAAAACAAUUUCUACAGAUACAACAGUAGGAUUUCAACGAAAAUUUUAAUAAGAAUGUACUUUUGAAGAAAAAAGUGAAUUGUUAUACUUCCUAGCAAGCCUUGCUACAUUCUUAUCCACUGACCUUUACUAGGUUUUAAAUGAAAUAUAGCAGCUAUGAUUCAAAAGAGAUAGCUGCUGUAUUUGCGUGUUUUAUUCUAUCUUUACCUGUGAUGUGUGCCCAUUUCAGUUUACUUCACCUAUAAUGAUAGAAAUUUGCGUUUGUAUUUGUAUUUUUUGCUACCUAGCAUCCGAUGAAAGUUUUUUUAGGAAACUGAGAAGCUUAUGCUUAUCGAGCAGUGUCCUGGUCCUUCCUCUCGAUGUGACCAUACCUUGUGAUUCCUACGCCUGGAAUUACAGAGAGCUGGCGACUCUCCUCACUCUGGGUGAAAGUUUGGUCAUGUCAGGGACUCGAACCACGGUCCCUUGGGUCUGUAGUCAGCGCCUCUAACAACUGAGCCAUCCUUUCACUUUUAACGGCCCAACUGCUCAAUAUCCCAGAAAUUUGAAGAUUAUAAGAGCUAGAAGUUUUCUUAAUUUGGUCAAUUCUUUGUAUUUGCUGCUAUUGCUUUUGUUAUUUUCCUAGUUGAUUUCGUAGCUGUUGUUGUUGGUGUUGUAGCUGUUGUUGUUAUUGUUGUUGUUGUUGUCGUCGUUGUUUUGAUAUUUUUCCUUGAUUCACCGGUGAUCCUUCCAACUUCUACCCAAACCAACCAUUUUGGUUUAUCCAUCAGCUCAUAAUUAUUUCUUAAAAACGAUCUUCUCUAUGGUAAUACUAACCGCAUGAUUAAAUAUUCAGCAUUGAUGCAGCAGUUUGUAGUUACUGAAUUCUAUGCCACAAACGGUAUUUCAAGUAAAAUUUACUUAGCUAGACGCGAUGAAUAGAAUAUGACAAAACAGCGUUAAUCUUCUAGAAAAAUACCGCAAACACGUAUUUUACUUGGCUCUAAUUCACGUCAAGCGCAUAUUUUUAGACUUUGCUUGCUUUGAAUUUGCGUCUGAGCGCAGGUGAUUUUCUUAUUAACAGCGAGCAAAGAUAAUAUGAUAACUACGAAUCACUUCUUGCCUAACAUACCCAUUUCUGUAUGCAAUGCAAAUUCAUUUUGUCUCUUUUGAUUAUAAGCUCCUAUAAUCCUCUUUGUUUAAAUGUAUUUCAUACAGAGUUAAGAAGCUCAUUCCUGCCCUGUAUGCCGUUGGAGAUAUGCAUUAGGUUUCCAGAUUACUUUACAGUUUUCAAGCUUUGUUGUUAGGCCCUGGAAAAUCUAUACUGGGUCAAGAUUAACAACGAGCCAGUGCUUAUCAUUUCGUGAGCAUUACACAGUACCGUCUGUUGAUGAGUUUCUAGGUUACAAAAUUCUAAGUUCUGCAGAGUCUAGCCCUAUGUAUCCUUUAGAUGUUAACGUUUUCUGAAGGUGUACCAAAAUGAAGGAAACAAGUGUCUUGACCUUAACAUGCUUUACCAAGAAAGUAUAAAUCUCUCGUGCCUUGCUGUCUUGGAAAAUGUUACAUUUCAACGGUUUUUUAUGAAUUAGAAUAUUCUUAUGUAAGUAGACGAAAAUAUCUGCACAAAAUGAAAUCCGUUGUUGGUUCUUCGGGACUUUUUUGAGGCAGGAUCAUGUUAUAAGUUCAGGGAAAAUGAAGUAGAACUUAUUCGCUCUAUUCAUUUUUAUUAUGCUGCAAUCAGCAUCAAGACUUGGUCCCCAAAACCCAAAUAUCUACUUGCAAGUGAGCUUACUUAAGUAUUUUUAAUACAGCGUGAUUUCAAGGACCUGUAUGUCCCUCAUCCAUAUAUCUGUUUCUCAGCGCAAGGAGUGUCUUAUCUAUCUUUUUAUCAUUCAAUUCGAUCGGACUUAUCGCAAUUUUCCCACCUUUAAGAACCUUAAAAAUACAUAACAUACGUCAAUGAUUCCUUAUAUUUUAAUCGUCCAUGUGGUUGAAGAGCUUCCUCCAUUUCUCAACGUUUACCUUGUAGGAAAACUCAUGUAUUCGAUGAAUCGUUACAGAUAUUUCGAUAAGGUGUCUCACUGUCCAGAUAACAUUACGGUUCCACGGCUGUGAGCCGGAGGUAGCUUAACUAAUGAGACGGCAGUUUUGAGGAGGGCUAAUGCAUAACUUGACAAGUGUAUAUAAAAUACGAUGAAUUUUGCUUAAAUUUUUCUGAAAAAGUACCAAAGAUGACUAUUCUUGAAUUUUAUUUCUAUUGAAUUUUUAAUCCAAAGAUAGAAAGGAAGUCUUGAUUAAGGCAAAUAGGGCGAAUUUUCAUCCAGAGGAAGAUUAAGGGGUUUUCUGAACUCUUGUGUCAAAAUACAUCGAAGAUGCUGUGACAGAUUGAAUUUUGCCGAAGAAAGAGAUGAAGUUUAUGAAGUGUACUCUUCCGUUGAAGUUUGGAGUAAGAUUUAGAAAAACGAGAAUAAUCAAUUGUGUAUCGUGUAUGUUGAGAAUUAAACUAAACGAAAUCUGCAGUUUGGUUAAACUAGAGAAAAUUGCUGCCACCGUCAUUGAUUACACAAAAUUACAACUAAGGUGUUUCCAUUAAGUUUACAGAAAUAACUGAGUCCAAGACAACUUAUCAGACAUUUUGAUUAAAAUUUUUGAGUGUGUGUGAUUUUCAGGAGAAAUUCAAAGCAGAGUAGCCAGUAGAAUAACGGUUGUCUACUGCGAAGUAGAGACGAGGCUGUUGCGAUAGCAUUGCAUGUUAUGGAAAAAGCCAAUGGGAGAAUUUCUUCCUAGAGUUUGCUUUAAACUUAGAUUCUUAUACUAUGAAUAGGUCUUGGAACGUCUUGCUUAGAGGAAAUUUGUUGGCCUAAUCUCGGCCAUUGGAAAUUGUUCAGCGCCAUUUAUUAAGGUUUUUUGUUUCUAUUAAUACUUAGGCAAAAAAACAAGAAGUUCACUCUUUGUACUACCGUUGAUUUAGAAAACAAAAAUUAAGCACAGGAGAUGUAGUGCAGAUGAUGGAGAAGGGAAAUGCAAUCAACUUUAAUUUUAUAAAAUUUUGCUGUUAGCAUCAAGACAUUAUUUAGUGCUUCAAUUAUUUAUAGUCUGCUUAUAAGGUUUGUCGAGUCUCUUCAUCAUAACUGUAGCUAUCUUUUUAAUAUCCGUAUGAAAACCAAUCAUUUAUUGUUCCCUAUGCCUUUGUAAAAUAAAACAGCUAGUCCAAUUUCCCUAUUUUUAUGCUGGAAAUAUUUGAUUCUCGGAUUCUUUGUGUGUUACACAAAAUGCAUUUUAAUUGAAUUUUGCACAAGUUACGUUAAAACAGCCAACAAGUAGGAACACGAAAUAAAAAUUUCGUUCAAGGUGGAUAUUUCGCUGAAAAAUUAAUUAACAGAACGUAUUAAUAGACUUUGUGGAUGGAGUGAGUAAAAUAUUCGUAAUGAGUAUGGAUAGAGUGAGCAAAAUAUUCGCAACGAGUUCGUUUUCACCUUAGGACUCAAUUGGUAACAUUCUCAAUAGGCAAGCGGCACUGAUUGGGCAACCUCAAUAUUCAUGUGCUCGUGUUUCUGAUUGGCGUAGAGUUUUCGAAGUUUCCGAUUUCCUAGCGUAGAGUUUUCGAUCUAUGUUCUGACGUUUUAUACUCUGAAGAGUGCUUAUUUCAAAGCCAAUUAUAAUGCUUUCUAUGCAGCCGAAAUAUUCGAAAAAUCUGCUGUGUUGCGACUAACGAUCUAGUGCUUUAGGAGCUUUGCGGACUUUUGGGGGCUUUAGGACCCUAGCUUCGCCUGUUAAUGAAAAGACGACCAGUUUUUUCACUUUAUUAUUCAAUUUUCAUACCAAGCUUGAUUUUUUUCGAAACCACUUGUUCUUUACAUUGCCACCAGGAAGGCUGAAAUGUUCAGCAAGAAUUGCAUGUAUAUUCUUUUUCAUUGACAAAGAAUGACCUUGUCGACAAUUGAGCACAGUUUAAGGUUUGUUUCGACUUGCGUCCUUUGUUACUGAAUACGACUCCGCAUAUGUUGCUGUCUGUUGUGCGGUGAAUUCUAUUUCUAUAGUUGAAUCGCAUUGUAAUUUACAGAGUCAAUUUUCGUCUGACAUCGCCAAUGACCUGACCACCAUUAACAAUCUAACGUAAAAUGCUUGUUUAUUUGAUGCAUGCGAAACAAGCAGGUAGAUACUUGGGCAACAAAUGGAACAAAUAACUUAAAUAACUGGUUAAUAUUUCGGCUGUAUUUCAUAUUCUCUCUUUCAUGGUGGUGUUCAGCCUGAUGACUAAAGAAAAUUUUCUUUAUUUAAUCACAAACCCUUUUAUUUUAAAUUGGUUGAAAUGGCAAUAGUUAAUUCGAUUUGAGGUUUUAAAUUGUGUCAUUCGUGGUUAUUUUAAAUGACUGGUUAGAUUUGCAAAAGCACGUGCUUUCGAGGCUUUUACUGUAGCCAUUCAGAGUUUAGCAAACCGUUGAUUCUGGCUUCAUUGUGCAAUUCUUACUGGAAUGAAUAUGAUUUCCAACUUUUUAUAAAACCACAGAGGAUAGCAAAGAAAAGACCGGAUAAAUUUCUUUGAUUGCCUGGAAAGCUGGCCUAAUUACACAGGUUUAGGUGAAAGAGUCGAUAUUAAAUGACAAAAUUGAAAGCCCACAUAUUUUUUUUAUUUCGAUCUUAUAAGAUUUCUUCGGGGUUCAAAGAAUUUUGUGGAAAUUCAAAAUACGUAUGGCUUACCCAUUAAAAUGGCCAGCGGUUUUGUAGAUGGGUCACAAACCAUGGUUCUACUAAUUUUCAAGUGUUGAGAUAACGGAUCCAA